AUGCAUGAAGUAUCAUUAUACGGCAUUUUUAUCAUAAUGAUUCACGUUGCAAGCAUAACCAAAAUUCAACAACGACCAAAUAUCAUUAUGGUAUUAGCUGAUGAUUUGGGUUAUUGUGAAGUGGAACCUUAUCCUUGUCGAGUGCCACAAGGGCACAAUCAACCUCCCAUUUCAACACCAAACUUGGUCAGAUUUGCCGCAGAAGGUUUGAAAUUUACUAACAGUUACGCGGGUGCUCCGGUAUGUGCCCCAUCGAGAUGUACCUUAAUGACUGGAAAGCAUUCUGGACAUGCAACAGUGAGAAGCAAUAAAGGUUUCAAUGGUGGUGAUUGGCCAUUGCAACCGAAUGAUAUAACUGCUGCCGAUGUUCUAAAAUCUGUAGGGUAUUAUACAGCCAUUGUUGGAAAAUGGGGUUUAGGCGACCUUGGUACAACUGGUUGGAUGAGAAAGCAUGGUUUCGAUUAUUUUUACGGUAUAAGCAAUCAGGCACAAGCUCAUAAUUAUUAUCCGAAUUUUGUAAUGGAGAAUGAGAUUCAAAUACCGUUGCCGUUAAAUCAAGAUGCUUCACGAAUAAAAUGUAUGAGUCGACCAUCAACAUGUAAUUACAGUCACGAUUUAUUCACUAAUCAAGCAUUUGAAUUAAUUAAAAAUCGAACUAGAGAUCAUCCAGGGCAGCCAUUUUUCUUAUAUUUAGCUUGGACAUUGCCUCACGCGGGUGGAUGGAGAGGAUUCGUUCAGGCGAACCUUUCCUAUUUAGACAGAGAUUUUGGACGAUUAAUGACAUUACUGCUCGAACUAGAAAUUGAUCACAACACAUUGGUAUGGUUUGCGUCAGAUAAUGGCGCUCAUAACGAAGGUGGUCACUCGUAUACAUUUUUUAAUAGUUCAGGACCACUCAGAGGUUACAAACGAUCGUUGUAUGAGGGAGGAAUUCGUACACCUCAAAUCAUUCGAUGGCCAAAUAUGAUCAGCCCGAACACACAAACAAAUUUCAUUACAACAUUCGCCGAUUUUCUUCCUACUGUAGCUGAAUCAGGUGGUGUACAACUGUUACCGAGGGAUAUCGAUGGUAUUUCAAUUGUUCCAACAUUAUUAAACAAUAGCUUUGUGCAGCAUGUACACAAUUAUAUUUAUUUUGAGUUUUGUACGAAUCAUGAAUGGGGCAAUGCUGUUCGUUAUAAACAAUGGAAGCAAGUUCGUUUUAGUGUAAAUAAACCUUAUCAGUUGUUUGAUCUAGACAAUGACAUUGGAGAAAAAUAUGAUUUAUCUCUACAGUAUCCAAAACUUGUUAACCAACUCGUCAUAUUUGCUAAAAGAGCUCAUACGAAUUCCAUACCAUUUCCAAUUCAAAAUUGUGUAGAGAGUAUCUUACAUUAA